GCCCUAUCGAGGGCACUACAUGUGUAAAACCGGGGGAUUUGGGUCACAGCGUGGGAAAGUGUUUUUCGGGGGGAAGCGACUAGCAAAAAAAAAAAACAACAUAGAAAAAGUGGACAAAAGUUGAGUUAAAGUGAGAAAGCGCGCGCGCGAAGGUCAAAAAGAUGUCCCUGGUGGAUUUGGGGAAGAGGCUGUUGGAGGCAGCACGUAACGGUGAGGAUGAAGAAGUGAGGAAGCUGAUGGCCAACGGCGCCCCCUUUACCACAGACUGGCUUGGAGCAUCUCCGUUGCACUUGGCGGCACAGUUCGGUCAUCGCUCCACUGCCGAGGUGCUGCUGAGGGCAGGCAUCUGCAAGGACGCACGCACCAAAGUGGACAGAACCCCACUGCAUAUGGCUGCCAAAGAGGGUCACGAGCUCAUCGUCGACUUGCUGAUCAGGAAUGGAGCAGAUGUGAACGCUAAAGACAUGUUGAAGAUGACUGCUCUGCACUGGGCCACUCAGCACGGACACCACGGCGUUGUUCAGCUUCUCCUCAAACACGGAGCUGAUGUUCACGCUCUCAGCAAGUUCGACAAAUCGCCCUUCGACAUCGCCCUCGACAUCCAGCACGUAGAACUCGCCAACCUCCUGCAGGAGGGAAUGCAGAAGCAGGUGAACAGAAACGCAGAGUCCUCCAUCGCUCCACAGUUCAUCAUUCAGGGAGGAGUAAUAAACAUCGCCGAGCUCGUCAAACCCCACACAGGUAACAGUGAGGACGCUGUCGCCGUCAGCACUCUGGACCAGCAAGUGAUGAGUGAUAAUGGACAGAGGGUUGUUACCAUAGUAACAGAUCAACAAGGUCACCUACAGACGAGACUCACACAGCCGCUGUACGUCACAAUGCAGAACGGACGGCAAGUCUUAGCCGUCCCCUCUGGUCAGUUCACACAGGAAUCAGUGGAAGAAGAAGCUGAGCCUCCAGUAAGACGAAGGAAAAUCGAAGUUGUCUCUUCUAAUCACAUCGACACCAGAGACACAGAACAGCUGCAGCGGCGUCUAGCCGAAGCCAACAUGGCGGCCCAGUUGUACCGACAGCAGCUGCUGCAGAAGGAGCAGGAGGCGGAGGAGUACCGCAUGCAGCUGGAGGCCAUCUCAGAGCGUGUGAUCACGCAGGAGGGCGAGUGUGUGGAGGAGAAGCAGGAGGAGGCUGAGGAGGAGGUGGUGCUGCUGGCUGAUGGAGACGUGAUGCUCAACACAGAGGAGAUCGACUCCACAGCAGACAUCUCCUAACGUCUUACCUCACGGACUCUCACGUUUCAGUGUGUGCGCGCGUGUGUGUGUGUGUGAGCGGACACCUGCCCGGGCACGUUUUUUUUUUUUUUUCUUUUUCAGCUCUGGAUCAAGAAGAACAAAAUCCUUACAUCUAGAAGUUCAUCAGAGAAAGACAGGAACUCUACUGCUUUAGUGUGUGUGUGUGUGUGUGUGUGUGUGUGAGAGAAAAUGCUGUUUUGUUUGUUUUUCCUUUGAAAGACAGAUUAAUGUUGACUCUUCUAAUACACCAUGUGUGAGUAAUUUGUAA